AUGCUGCUGCCGCUGCUGGGCGCCUGUGCUGUGGUGGGGCCAUUCCAGGGCCCUGAGUGGGAGCCAGUUCGGGGCCUGAUCUCACAGGAUUGCAGCUGCAGAGACCCCCGGUGCUGUGGCAAUCUGCUUGUUCUCUGCCUUUUUCUAAUCUGGCAGGUCCGGCACUAUUGGCACCAGUUCACCAGGACUCGCCUGGGUGAAAGGAAUGUCAUCAAGGUGCCAUUGCAGAAGUGGGUAAUGCCCUCCAUGAGAUGUGAAACUUUCUUUAGGCUAGCUCCUGAAUUCUUCAGUCCUGGUGAUUUCAGGGGCCUUGAUGCUUAUGUCCAACAAUGGGUACAAAAGCAGAGAUGGGGAUGCCGAAGGAACCUCCUAGAAUCAUGGACCCAGUACCUGUUCUCUUCACGACAUCUGUUUCAGGACCCAUCUUGGGGUAUUCACACCUCCCCUGAGCCCAUCUUUUGUACCUCCUCCUUUUCAAGCACCUGCCCACUCUCUCAGGACAGUUCCUGGGAAGCAUGGCAUGUACCCUGGUGUCUCAGGGGCAGCCAGACUCACUCUGCCCUAGACACAUGCCAAAGGAUUGAGAGACAGCUGGUUCACUCCCAGGAGAAUUUGAUUCACAUGGAAGAGAAUCAAGAAGAGUUAAGAUGUAAAAUAGAUGCAGAGACCCAAACACCAGGGUGGGGAUACCAGGAUAAGAGUGGAAGUAAGGAUGCUUUGGAGAUUCAAACAUUUGAGAGGAAGAAUAAGAAAGAGCCCGGAGAGGAGGAAGAGGGACAGAUUCAGGCCCAUGGACUGGGGAAGCAGGGCCAGACUGGAGAUGAGAAUGCUGAAGAGACUCGGAGUCCACAGCAUGGGAGAGGUGAUACUGGUGCAGAAAAUGAGGCAGAAGAAGAAAGAAACAAGGACCAGGUUGGAAAUAAGGGUGCUGUGCAAACCCCGACAUCUGGGAGGGAGAACCUAGAAGAUGUCAAACAAGAGAAUAGAGCAGAGACCCAGGCCCUGGGGUGGGGAAAAGAGGAAUGCAGCAGAAGUGAGAAUAUUACAGAAACCCAGGCACUGGUCGGGGAGAAACAGGGUCAGGGUGGAGGUGAGAAUGCCAGAGCGACUCAAGCAUCUAGGGGAGAGAAACAGGAACUAUUAAUACAUGUCAUGCAAGCGAGGCAGGGAAACCAAGGCCUGGCAAGAGGAGAGGAAUCUGUGCAACCCAGGGUAUCCAGGAGAAAGAAGUUCAGGGAGAUAAGACAGGAGGACUGGGUGGUAAUCCAGACACCCUGGUGGGGAAACCAGAGCGCAGUAGUGAAUACAAUUGACAGAGAAUUCAAGAUAUCAUGUUGGAAGAAUCAGAACCAAACUGGAGGUGAACCCAGAGCAAAAAUUCAGACACCAGAGGAGAAUGAUCAGAAAAAGGAUAGAGAUGAAGACGGUACAGAUACCCUGGUACUUGAGGCAGAGAACCAGGGACUACUAAGAAGUGAAAUGGAUGAGGAGAUCCAUCCAGCAGGAAGGAAGAAUGAGGAACAAUUUGGAGAUGAGAAUAGAGCAGACAUUCAGGUACCAGGGAAGAGAAAUACACAAGGGUUUAAAGGCGAGAAUGGUACAAUGACCCAGGAACUUGGGGGAGGAAACCAGGGUCAGUUAGGAAAUGAAUUCCUUGGAAAUAUUUGCAUACCACAGUGUAAGAAUCGGGAGCAUAUUAGAAGCAAGGAUGGUGCAAACACCCAGAUAUAUGAGGCAGGGAACUGGGGAGAAUUAACAAGUAAAAUUGAUGGAGAAACCCAUUUAGCAGGGUGGAAGAAAGUAGAGCAUGUUGGGGGUGAGAGUAGUAUAGAAAUUCUGUUACAAGGGAUGAGAAACCUGAGAGAAGCAGAAGGGGAGGGUGGUACAGAAACCUGGGCAGGUGGGGAGAGAAGCCAGAGUCAGUUAGGAAGUGAUGUGCAUUGCAAGAUCCAGUUAUCAGAAUGGAAAAACCAGAAGCAGAUGGAAGGUAAGGAUGGAACAGAAAUUCAAGCCCCAAAGAAGAGAAAACAGAGAGAACCGGAAGAUGAGGAUGAUGUAAAAACCCAGAGGCCUGAGAGAGAGAACCAGGGACAAUUGGAGAAUGUAACUGGAAGCAGCCAUUACCCAGGAAUGGGGAGCUCAGGGCAGACUGGAGGAGAGAACAUUGCAGAAAAAAAGGCAUCAGAGAAGAAAAACCAGAGAGAGGCUGGAAUUGAGAGUGGUAGAAAAAUCCACAGACUUAGGAAGAAAAAUCAGAGGCUGCUAAGAAGUAAAGUUCAUAGAAAGACCUGUUCCUUGGAAUGUAAAGUUCAUAGAGGGACCUGUUCACCAGAAUGGAAGAACGAGGAAGACAUUGGAGGUGGGAAUGCUGCAGAAAUUCAAAUACAAGGGAAAAAAAACUCAAGAAGGACUACAGGUGGUGAUAACACAAAGAUGCAGACACCUGUGGAAGAUGACCAGGGACAGUCAAGAAAGGAAAUUGAUGAAGUGGUCCAGAAACAAGGGCAAGGAAACCAGAAGAAGGGUGGAGAUGCUGCUGCUGCAGAAAUCUGGACUGUAGGGAGCCAGAGAAAGUACAGAGCUGAGGAGGCUGGAGGGUCUCAAACACCAUGGAGAGGAGACAAGAACCAAAUCAGAGGAAAGGAUGCUAUGGGGGACAGUCCCCAAGGUGACUGUUCUUCAGGUGAGAGGCCCACAGGCAGGAAAUGCAGCCUGGCAUGGCCAUGGCCAACCACCCUCAUUGACUCUAGAUAUGAACCGCCGGGACAAGAACAGGCAGCAGCUGUAAACAGUGUAGCUGAGGCUCCCUGUCCUGAGAUGAAGCCUUGCCCCCACUUGGGUGAAGUUUCCCUGCUGGCUGCUGGGGAGGGAGAGCAUUUGACCAACCAGGGCAUAGCCCCUGCCAGGGACCACAAUGCCCAGGUCAGUCCAGCCUCCCAACAGGCCCAAACAGGACCCCGGAGGAAACCGCAAAAGCACAAAAGGGUGGAUCCAGAAAAGACCCACAGUUUGAUGCAGCAGCUCCAGAACCCACAGUCUCUGGUUGCUCCCUUUGGCAAGCCCUCUGCCUGCCCAUCUCUCCUAGGCGGCCAAGUCCUCCAAGCUGCCACUGCUACGGCCGGUGUCCCCACUAUCCUCACCAGCCCACCCAAGUGGCCAGUCCUCAAGAAGAGCAAACGACUACUCCUGGAGUCCCUCAUGCGUCGAAGGAUUGCACACCUGAAGUGGGGUCUCCCUCGGCGCAUACUGGAAUCUUAUUUGCUCUUUAACUUCUUCGGAUCUUGCUCACUACCCUUGGCUGGGGUGAGGCUGCCUGAAUUAGGCAAAAGUCAGGAGCUCCAAAGGCAGCAGGAAAAACGUUGUGAGGCCCAGGGCUCCAUGCCAAGCUUUAAAUCCCCAGAGAGGUUCCAAAGGAUUUCACCCCAGGAUGGGAAAAACUCAAAACUUCCUACACAGGCCAGGGCUUUGGAGAGGUGUAGACCACACAGGUCAGAGUCAAUGGGCAUUUCCAUUCCACCUGAGAAGCCCAGGAGAGUCAGAUCACCAGGGGGCACCAGAGAACCACAGAUCCAGGAAGAGGCCCCUCAGGCCAAGCUUCCUGCUCCCAGGAAUCCCAGGCCAUCAGCAGAGUCUAUGAACUGCUGCUCCCCAGAAAGGGAUGGAGAGCCUUCCACUGAGAACAACAGGGGCAGGAAAAUGAUCAGGCCAGAGGUCUCCCAGAAGGCAGAGAGGGCUCCCAAAGGAGUGAAGACCUCAUCCACCAGAGCCAGCCAUGGCCACUGGAAGAAGGAGCACACACCCUGGGAGGCCUCUCAGUCUCCCAGACAUAAAUGUCAGCAGCCUACAUACCAGAAAAGAGAAAGCCUGGAGCCUGUGGAGGUCAGAGGAGCUGGGCAGCAGCCUUCCUCCGGUCCCACAGACUCCUCCAGGUUUAAAGGAAGUCUCCACUCUAAGACAGCCAAGCUGAGUAUGACCCUUCUGAGUAAAAAGUCCUGGUCCCCACAGCUAGCCAAGCCCACGAACUCAGCCCCCAGUCGAAGCCUAAGGGAUCCUAUGCUACUUCCUAGAGUGAGUUACCUUCACUCAGGGGAGGAGGACAGCACGAAAGUCCAUACUGCUUCGGAGAGGGACCAUCAACCACCAGGGCACUGCAGUGCUGGGGUUCCUCUGCAUAGGACAAAGAGCCCCCAGGAUCAGAGCCCCCAAAGGGCUCCACAGAAUUCAUCAACCCCUAAAAAGUUUGGUUUUAUGAAGCAUUUGAGAUGUUUUCUCUUCCAAUGUGGCCUUAAAAAGUAG